CGUCUGGGAAUCUUAUCUCCCCUAUUCUUACCUCCAGGGAAAAUUCAUGUAAGUGUUUGGGGGGGUCUGUUGUACCGCCCCUCUUGUUAGGAAAGUAACAGAUGUCCCCCCCAGGGGAGGACAAGAACAAACAGGAUAGAGACCCUAAACUAUGGAGCUGCCUGGGGUAUCCCACCGCUGGCACUAGGGCAUAACAUGCGGACUGAAGCCUGCGAGUGGACAACACCUGCUGCCAGCGUCCCUCUCCUCCUGCCUGUGUUGUGUGUCCACCUCUGCGUCACUGUCGUGCGCUCUCCUCCCUCCCGUGUUUCCUAUCUGACCUUGCAGCCGUGAGAGCCGUGGUCCUGCGACUCGCAGAAUAAGAGCUCCUCGGGGGCAGUUUCUCCUUCAAGAUGAUACCCCUCUGGGGGCACCUGUGUCUCUACAUUUAUCUGUGUUUGGGAGUGAGAGGGGAUAGAGCGAUCACCCCCCGCCUCAAAUUGUCUUAUCAGGAUCUGAUAACACAUGGCCUUAAGACAUACGCAGUUGAGCGCUCUUGCUGUUACGACACUCUCUUAUUGGACGAAGAGCGCAGCCGGCUUUUUGUGGGGGGCAAGAAUUACGUGGUGUCUCUGAGUCUGGAAGACAUCAGCAAACAUGACUUUCCGAUUCACUGGCCUGCUCUUGUUGAGUGGAGAGAAGAGUGCAAUUGGGCAGGAAAAGACAUAAAUACUGACUGUAUGAACUUCGUCAAGAUCCUGCAACCAUAUAAUCGGACACAUCUGUUCGCGUGCGGAACCGGAGCUUUCCACCCAACCUGCGGCUUCAUCCAUGUGGGACACCGGUCAGAUGAAGCAAUAUUUAAAUUUGACGGCCGAGGGACAGUGGACGGCAAGGGACGCUGCCCAUAUGACCCAAAACACACAGCAGCUUCUGUUCUUGUUGGUGAGGAGUUAUACUCAGGUGUCGCUACUGAUCUGAUGGGCCGUGAUUUCACCAUCUUCCGAAGUCUGGGGAGACGGCCCCCAAUUCGCACUGAGCAGCAUGAUUCUCGAUGGCUUAAUGAACCCACAUUUGUGAAAGUCUUUUGGAUUCCGGAAAGUGAAAAUCCUGAUGAUGAUAAAAUGUACUUCUUCUUUCGGGAGACACCGGUGGAGGGCCUGGGGGGAGUCAAGCAGUCGUAUGCCCGCAUUGGGCAAGUAUGUAGGAAUGAUGUGGGAGGUCAGCGCAGUCUUGUGAACAAAUGGACAACGUUUCUGAAGGCCCGGCUUGUGUGCAGCGUUCCUGGGAAUGAAUCGAGGGGCGAUACUUACUUUGAUGAGCUCAGAGAUGUUUAUUUGGUGCAGACCAGAGACAGGAGGAACCCGCUCAUAUAUGCUCUGUUCUCCACAUCUAGCUCUGUAUUCCGUGGCUCCGCAAUCUGUGUCUACACCAUGAAUGAUGUGCGCAGAGCAUUCCUGGGACCCUUUGCACACAAGGAGGGACCCAACUAUCAGUGGAUCUCAUACCAGGGCAGGGUGCCGUAUCCUCGCCCAGGGAUGUGCCCAAGUAAGACAUUUGGCAGUUUUGAAUCUACUAAGAACUUCCCAGAUGACGUCCUUCAGUUUGCUCGGAAUCACCCACUUAUGUUCAAUCCUGUGGUACCGGGGUCUGGGCGGCCAAUCUUCCUGCGCAGCCACAGCGAUGUCACGUUUACGCAGCUGACGGUGGACAGAGUGACAGCAGCAGACGGAGAAUACGAUGUCAUGUUUAUUGGAACAGAUGUGGGCUCUGUGCUGAAAGUAGUCUCUGUGCCAAAGCAGAGCUGGCGCCAUACCGAGGAGGUUGUUCUGGAAGAGCUGCAGGUCUUCAAGGACUCUUCACCCAUCACAAGCAUGCAGAUCUCAUCUAAGAGGCAACAAUUGUAUGUGGGCUCUGCAAGUGGAGUCUCCCAGCUACCCCUGCAUCGCUGUGCAGUGUAUGGGAAGGCAUGCGCAGAAUGCUGCCUGGCCAGAGAUCCUUACUGUGCAUGGGAUGGUGUCAGCUGUACCCGUUACCUGCCCAACACUAAGAGGCGGUCGCGACGCCAGGAUGUUAGGAACGGAGACCCCAACACCUUGUGUUCAGGAGAGCAGCAGCGGUUCACCAUACAGGAAAAACGUCUGUUAGGGGUUGAGACCAGCACUGUCUUCCUGGAAUGUCUUCCAAAGUCCUUGCGAGCGCAGGUCACCUGGACUCAUCAGAAAGGACCAGACACCCCAAGAAAGGAGGUGCAGUUUGAUGACCGUGUUAUACAGACAGAUCGUGGAAUUCUCCUGCGCAAUGUUCUACGCCGUGAUGGAGGAACCUUCCUUUGUUACUCUUCAGAGCAUGGAUUCACCCAAACCCUGCUCCGAAUCUAUCUUGAGGUCAUUCCUUACUCUCGUGCUGAGGAGUUCCCGGGACAACAACGUGGCCACCAGCAUCGUUGGUAUCAGGACUUCAUGCGCCUCGUUCAGGAGCCAGGCUCUGCAGAACAAAUGUGUGAGGAGCUGUGGGUUCGCAAGGGCCGACCUUCGCACCCACCAGGCCCACAAGGAUCCCCGCAACUACCAGGGUCUCAAGGACCUAGCUUUCGACCCCUCCCGCCUCUCAGCGUUAAGGCCAAAGCCCAGAAAUGGAAGCACCUAGAGGACAAGAAAAAGGUGCGGAGUCGCCGGACGCAUGACCCUCCCAGGGCAGAUCGUGGCCCAAGGAGCGCCCCAAGUUAGGGAGCUUUGUGUAACUAUAUGAACCACUAGACUGUACAAGGGGGAGGGGUACGUUUUACAAGAGUAGCCAACAAGAGGGGCAGUUAUUAUUUAUAAUCUGACAGAUAUUGGGGUUCUCAUAUAUCACUGAGCAAAAUGGAUUUACCUUGCUCUGUAAACAUAGUAACUGCCAAAGAUCCACAGAGGAAUAUGGCUUUGUUUAAUAACCCAAUCUCAGCCAGAUGGACUUACAGACAAUUGUUCUAGUAGUACACAGAAUGGAGUGUCUCUCCAAACGCCCCUCUCCUGCUAUACAACUUCCACCAUUUUCAUUCUUCCAAGGUGUUCACCGAAUAUCUCCCAACUCGUCAAACAAGGAUUUUACUCCUGAAUAGACAGACCCUCUAUAUCCCAGAGAGUGGAGGUAACCUGGGUGAAAGGAGGUAACCUGGCGUUCCAGACUCACAUAGGACUGUGAUCAGUACGAUGAGGCUGAGGAUUUCAAGGAUGUGACUUACUGUUUUCAGACCUUCGUUGUUGAUUGUUAUGUAAAGAGGUUUCAAUGUUUGGAA